AUGAUUUAUGAGGUGACAUCUCUCAUUACACUCGGCGAAAAUUAUUACAGAGCAUGUGUUAUGCUCGAUAUCGCGGAAAGAUUAAAGGAAGAAUUCAGGCAGCAAAUAGAUGUAUGUACAGCGUCCACAAUACUAUUAAAUCUAAAAGCCUAACACGAACAUCAAAGAUUAGAAUAUAUAAAACGGUGAUUAGACCGGUGGUCAUGUAUGGAUGUGAGACGUGGACCCUGACCAAAGAAACUGAAAGAAAACUUAGAUGUUUUGAGAGGAAAAUCCUCAGAAGAAUCUUUGGGCUUUAUCACGACAUAGUCCAAGUGAUUAAAUCCCAACAUCUAAGAUGGGCUGGUCUAGUCCAUAGACUCCCUAAUAACCGCCUUGCCACGUUAAUAGGAGAAGAAGCCCCCACAGGAAGAAGGCCCUUAGGACGUCCACGAAUGCGAUGGAGGGACAAUAUAUGAAGAUAAAGAUGUGUUAUGCUAUUAAUAUAA